AUGCCACCGACAAGACUCUCCUCCGCGGCGGCGGCUGAGCACCCAUCAUCUGUGUCCCCUGGCCCUCGUCGUCGAAGCUUUGCAUCCGCCUUCUCAGACCCGUCCUCGACGGAUCUACAGCACGAAAGCCGACCAGCGUCGGCCAGCAAAGUCGCGCGCAAGGUAUCGCGCGCUUGUGAUUUCUGCAAAGCCCGCAAGGCCAAGUGCAAUGGCGAGAAGCCAUGCAACAAGUGCGUGGCCAAAUCACGGGCUUGCCAGUAUAAUGCAAAGUACACACGAGGACGGCCACCCACGCCUCCUUCGAGUGCGACGCCAGCUGCCCAGCCCGAUGGUCCUGCAACGGGGGCCGCUGACAUGUCGCAGCAGCAGAGUGUCGCGCCGUCAGGCAGGGCGAGCCCUGAGCUUGGUAUGGCGGAGAUCCAGGGCCAGGUCUUUGAUCCAACCUCUGGCUUGACCUUUCUGCACAGGGCGUGGAAGAGGUUGAGUGCCCAGGAUGCGAGGAACCAGAGCGAGCAGACCAUGAGCGAUGCGGUCGUGCGUCCCUCGGUCGAGAAUCAACCUGUCACCAUGGCGGGCGAUCGUCCGCUUCCAGAAAGUGACGAUCAUACUCCAAUACGGCUGCGCUCACCCCCCGAGAACCGCAGGCUUCUCGACUUGUACUUUGAGUUCUGCGUCGCGACAUACCGAAUUCUGCAUCGGCCCUCUGUGGAAAAGUGGCUGUCAGUGGUUGAGCAGAAUACAGACGUCAACCAGCCAGUAUGGUAUGGCAUUGGCCACGCGCGUGCCGCCAUUGUUCUCGCCUGCCUCGCCCUGGCGACGUGCCACGACGAGAAGUCAAAGGGGUACUUCUCCGCCGACGACGAAGCCCACGCACUGCAGCGCAGCGACGAACUCUUCACCGUGUCCUCCCUGCUCGUGGACGCCGAGACAGGCUACCCCAAACUCGAGUCCGCGCAGGCGCGGCUAGUGCACGUGCUAUAUCUACUCACAACGUCGCGCUUCAACAAGUCCUGGUACGUCUUUGGCUCAGCCUUGCAGAUCAUCUCGGCGCUGGGCAUGCAUCGUCGCGAGAACGCAAAGAAGCGGAGACAUGGUGGCCCCCGAUCGGACUACAUCCAGUCCCAGUGUAGGAUGCGGACAUUCUGGACCGCCUACGUGUUAGACAACUAUCUCGGGGUCGUCUUUGGGCGGCCCAGACAUUUUCACGACGAAGACAUUGAUCAAGAUUUCCCGGACCGGGUCAACGACGAGGACAUGACGGCCUCUGGACCCAGUGAGGCGCUUGAAUGUCAAGAGGACUGUCAUAUUGACGCCCUUAGUUUCCACGCCAAGAUCGCCAGAAUUAUAGGAACCAUCUCGCGUGAAGUCUACACUAUCAAAGAUACCCCUCACGCUGAGCGCGCGUCCGCCGCAAACCGACUCAUCCAGAAUAUCCAAUCCUGGUUUGAGAGCUUGCCCGUGCAUCUAGGAAGCGUUCGUCCCAGCAUGCUCAUACCCUCCUAUCGGCGACAAGCCACCGUCCUCAAGCUCGCGCACUCUCACGCCAUCAUGCACGCCAGCCGUCUAUUCCUUCUGAGCAACAACCCCUCGGAACGAUCACACAGUAACAACUGCAUCGCGGCCGCAAGGACCGUUCUUGAAACGGUCAAUCGCAUGGCCAAAGAGGGACCCAUCUUCCACGCCUUCUGGUGGACGCACUAUGUCACAUUCUGCGCCCUCGUCGUCGUCUACGUAUGGGAGAUCCAGCAGCGCAAGAUGAGCAAACAACCCGCGGACACAACAAGCAUCGCGGGAAAAUCACGGCAGAGUCUCUUGCAGCUGGCGGACAAAUGCCAGACACACCUGGCGAGAGCGACGGCGACGAAUAGUCCUAGUAGGCGCUAUGCUGUCAUCCUCGAAGAGUUCCGCGGUGCAGCGACAGGGCAGCCCACAGCACGCCCCGACGUCACAAGUGCCAAUGGCUUGGAGCAGUCGGCGCCGAGGAGCGGAGACCACAUUGUCGAUGAUGGAAUGAUCAUGGGUGCCGACGGGAUAUGGGACUACGAAGGGGGCAUGGCCCCGCUGGACCCUUACCUCUUGGACGAGUGGCAGACGACAGACUGGUUGGAUCUGGACAGCUCUGCGUUCUGGCCAAACCUGCAGUUCGACGAAUCGAUUGUGUGGCCGGUGAUAGGCUGA